UCAAAAAACCAAGUCUCUCCCUUGUGACUUGUUGCAAACCAGCAUUUCUUCCUGAGGGAUUUUCAAUUUUUAAUUUAAAAUAUUUUGCAACUUUUUUCGUUCAUGUAGUUUGGAACGGACAUGAAUUGACUUUGAAUUAGGAUUGUUACAAACUCUUAAAUUGAACAGUUAAGGAUUCGCAACAAGGAGCCAAUAUGCCAAGUCUGAAUUAGAUCUUCAACAUGAUGCCAGACCUGAGCAGAGGACUGCAAGCGGCAAUCGUUACUUUAUUGGCCACACUUGUGCACUGUGGAGUUCAAGUCCAGCCAGAAGUGUGUCUUACAGCAGUAGCAGCUGAUAUCAUGUUCACAGUGGAUGAAUCAUGGAGCAUGGAAGAGGGCAACUUCCAAAGUGUAAGAGAAUUCCUCAGUGGCAUCAUAACAUCAUUCAAGAAAGUUCCAGUUGGGAAGGAUGGCAUCAGGUUUGGUGUCACACUUUACAGUGACAAUCCCAGAACAGGAAUUGCUCUUACUGACUAUGGAACAAUUGAGGAGGUUUUGGUUGCCAUCAGAGACCUUCCUUUUCAAGGGGGAAAUACAAAAACAGGAGCAGCUCUUAGCUUUCUGGCACAUUCUGAAUUCAGCUCUACAAUGACAAGCGAAAACACGUCAAAGAUAAUGGUUUUGAUCACGGAUGGAAAGUCUGCCGACUCAGUCGAGGAGCCAGCCACAAGACUCCACGACAGAGGAGUGACUGUGUUUACAGUGGGAAUAAAAAAUGCAGACAAAAAUGAAUUGAAGAUCAUUGCUUCUGAUCCGUUUGAAGAGCACUAUUUAUUUGUGGAGGACUUCCAUCUGCUCAGCACCAUUUUGGCCAAAAUUUCCAGAAGACUUUGUUUCACAGCAUCAGAGCCUCCGAGGCCAGUCAGAUCUACACCGUUGGCAGAAAAAAUCAUUGGCCCCCGGGACUUGGUGAUUAGUGAAUUGAGUUAUAGCUCAAUGAGAUUGUCCUGGACUCCAGCUACUGGAGGCGUGAUGAGCUACAGAGUUGUCAUCAACCCAUAUUCGUCUGCUGCAAGACUGAUACCAGGAGAAGAGAGGCAGAUUGUUAUAGAUGGCAAUGAGCAUACAAUACUUGUGACAAACCUAAAACCCAGCACAGAGUACUCUUUCACCGUGGUUGCUGUGUAUUCUGACAUGAUUGGAGAUCUCGCAACUGUCAAUGGAAAAACAAGUGCCCUGCCACGCGUGAUUAACUUCCGAGUGACUGAGAAAGGAUUAUUUCGUCUGAAGGUGGCCUGGACUCUUCCUUUAGGACCAUUAGUGGGUUACAAGAUCUAUAUACCAAGAAUCAACAGACCUGGGCUGGCCUAUGAACAGAAUAUCAAAGGAGAUGUCUCCUUUCACUUGAUAGACAACCUGGAGGAAGACCAGGUCUACACCAUCAGCAUCUACGCUGUGUAUCCUGAGGGCCCCAGUGAUCCUGUAUCCACCACUGGCAGAACAUUGAAACUCACGGCAGUGAAGAAACUACUUUUGGAGAAUAUUACGACAGAUACCAUACAGGCAAGGUGGCUACCGGUUAAAGGCGCAUCUGGCUACAGACUUACAUGGGGAUCAUCUGAGGGAGACCUGCAGAAUGUCAAUUUAGGUGAAGCCUACCACUUCUACAUGAUCCGAGGUCUGCAGGCUGGUACUGAAUACACUGUUACUAUCAACCCAAUAUUUGGCAAUAUAGAAGGUCCAGUGGUCUCUGGGAAGAUCGUGACUUUGGCAACAAGUUCUGUCCACAUUCUGCGAGCAUCGUCCAUCACUACGAGCGGUGCUGUCAUCACGUGGAAUGCUGUCCAAGGUGCUACAGGAUAUAGAUUAGCAUGGGGGCCCACACCAGAGUUCAUUGGGAGUGACCGACCCCGUCAAGUAGCUCUGAACAGUAGCACAACAUCACAUCAACUCAAAAAUCUGGUUUCCAAUACAGAAUAUGUCUUAUCCCUUUACGUGGUCUUUGGUUCUGUUGUGGGCCCUGGGAUGACAGCAACUGUGAAAACAAGUCCGCUUAGUCAUGUAUCAAACUUUAGAGUAACCACAUACACUAAUACCUCCGUGUCUGUGGUCUGGGGUGCUACUGUCGGAGCAACAGAGUACAAGAUAACAUGGAGUCCGACAUCAGGGAGAGGUGGUACUCAGAGUCAAUAUGUGGAUCGCAGCACAUUGUCUUACCAUAUUGGACAUCUAAACCCUGGAACUCGCUAUAUGAUUAGCAUCAAUGCUGUGUACAGAAAUUCUGAGGGACCUGCUGUGUCCCUCUCUCAAAAGACAGCUUCUCCAGAUUCUGAACAAGUCCAAUCAGUGAAGGAACUAAAGAUCAUCGAAACUGGAUCCAACAGUUUAAAACUCCUGUGGAAAAAGAUGCCUGGCGUCACGGGAUACAGAAUAUCUUGGGCUCUACUGCGAGGAGGUCCUGAGAGGACAAGAGUUCUCCCAGCCGAUGCAACACUUCAUGUAUUAGGUGGAUUGCAAGCGAGUUCUACAUACACUGUCCGAGUCUCGACUAUGGUUGGAAGCAGACAAGGAGUGCCUGUUGUCAUCUCAGCCCAGACACGUUCCAAACAGAAAUCAUCAGUCACAGCAAAACCAGUGGUUGUUUCACCAGUCACCCAGGUGACCAAAACUGCCCCCGCUUUCAUGUCCUGGACAGAUACUCCUCGACGAACCAGCAGCCAAAGCAGGAUAACCUUAGCACCUCCACUGACCACCACAAUCUUCGGGAAGGUCACUGCUACCACCAGCCCCACCACAACCUCUGCUGCUACCAGGAGACUUUCAGCACCUCAGGCCAUGCAGGAUGGACCUGUUUGCGGCAGAGCCAAGGCUGAUAUAGUGUUUUUGGUGGAUGAAUCCUGGAGCAUUGGCCAGAAUAACUUCAAUAAAAUCCGGGAUUUUCUCUUUAGGAUUGUUUCAUACUUUCCAAAGAUUGGACCUGCUGGAACCCAGGUUGCUGUAGCUCAUUACAGUGAUAAUCCCAGGACAGAGUUCAAGCUUAGUCAACACAAGGACAGGAAUUCAGUUUUGAGAGCAAUCAGAACAGUUCAAUAUCGAGGAGGCAACACCAGAACAGCCAGAGGCAUUGGUUAUGUGUUAAAGGAGUUAUUCCAGACAACUGCUGGAAUGCGACAGAAUGUCCCACACAUUCUGGUGUUGCUGACUGAUGGACAGUCACAGGAUGAUGUGGAAUUGCCAGCAAGAGUGGCGUUUGGUCUAGGUAUUAAAGUCAUCUCUGUGGGGAUUGCAAGUGCAAGUAUGGAUGAACUCAGAAGAAUCAUCUACCGUGGCCCCCAAAAUAACAUAUUCUUCACAAAUACGUUUGAUGAUUUACCAUUGAUCGAAAGAGAGCUGGUAGAAAGGAUCUGCAGUGACGCCACAAAGACUGAGUACCCUGUACAAGGUGGAUCUGAAACUAGGUCCUACAUUGAUAAUCAGCAAACAGAAUCUAUAAUAUCCGAAGUGUCCAAGCAUGAAGUUGAAGAUAUCAGAAAACCCGAAGGUCCCUGUACAUCACACUGUUUGAAGGGUCAGAAGGGAGAACGGGGUGAAAUGGGACCUCCUGGAAAGCCGGGUCAACUAGGUUUUACAGGUUUACAAACAAGUGGCGGAUAUGAUUCAUUUGCAUUCGCUGAUAAGGGAGAGAAAGGAGAACGGGGCCUGCCAGGGAAAGACGGAAUACCGGGUCUCCCAGGUCGUCCUGGACGCACUGGCACACCUGGUUCAACUGGACCGAGGGGUCCCCAAGGAAUACGAGGGGAUAGAGGGCUCCCAGGAUUUAAAGGACCUCCAGGUCCUAAAGGUGACAGAGGAGAUCCUGGAUAUAUCCUAGGAGGAACUGAUGUUAUUCCUGGGCAGAGAGGGGAACCUGGGUCCCCAGGUCCGAGUGGUGAGCCAGGAUUUCCAGGGGUGGCAGGUCCACCAGGGCUUCCAGGACAACCGGGGCCUCAGGGGCAACCAGGCCUUUCUAUCAAGGGAGAGCCAGGAGCUUCAGGUACGCGGGGUCCACGUGGGAAACUUGGCCCAAAAGGUGAUAAAGGAGAUACUGGAAUUCCUGGAAUUGCUGGUUUGCCUGGACCAAUUGGACUUGAUGGAGUUCCUGGGACCCCAGGUCCCAAAGGAGAACAGGGAGUUGAUGGGAUUGGCAUCCCAGGAAUACCAGGACAGAAUGGAUUACAGGGAGAGAAGGGAAUGAUUGGACCCCCAGGGAUCCCAGGCUAUAAGGGUAAUCAAGGGGACAAGGGGAGAGAUGGAGAUGUUGGCCAAAAGGGGAAACGAGGAAUCAAAGGAGAUAAAGGGGAAAAGGGACACCGUGGAGAAACUGGGGAACUGGGACCACAGGGAAUUGCUGGACUCCCAGGCCCUAGAGGGUUGAAAGGAAAUACAGGAGAUAGAGGCUUUCCAGGAGACCCAGCUAAAGGGAUAAUAGGACCAACCGGGCAUAAAGGUGCCAGAGGAGAUAUUGGACCACCUGGACCCAUGGGACCCAAAGGUGAACAAGGGAUUCAAGGGAUUGAAGGUGAAAAGGGAAGCCCAGGGUUUGGAAUUCCAGGCCAACGUGGCCUUAAAGGUGAACCAGGUGAAAGGGGUAAUGUUGGUUUGUCAGGCCGCCCAGGUGAAAAGGGUAUGAAAGGACAGAAAGGUGAACCAGGCAAGGGUGAAAUGGGUCCUCCAGGUUACUCAGGGGAGCGAGGAAUAAGGGGACCGUUGGGCUUGCCAGGCCGGCCUGGAGAAAAGGGAAACAAAGGAGAUUCUGGAAACCCUGGAGAGCAAAGAGCAAUUGGUCCAAAGGGACAGAAAGGAGACACAGGAAGACCAGGACUGCCUGGGCAACCUGGAUCGAGUGUGACCUUCAAAAACAAUAGCAUUGUUAUUAAAGGUGAAAAGGGUGAUACAGGACUUCCUGGGGAGUGGGGUCAAAAGGGAGACCGAGGUGAUCCUGGUAUCGCAGGUCCCCCUGGACCACGGGGUCCAGCAGGGCCUCCUGGGCCACCUGAUAACAGAAUGCAAGGUGAUCGGAAAAAUGGAGGUCUGAAGGGGGAGAAGGGUGAGCCUGGAAGGAAAGGUGAAGCUGGGCAAAACGUCUUUUUUGGACAGAAGGGUUACCCUGGAGCUGUUGGACAUCCAGGUCUCCCUGGUGUUCCAGGAAUUCCCGGCAAGAAUGGUAUGAAAGGAGAGAAAGGGGCACCUGGUUUGCCUGGGCCUCCUGGACCAAGAGCCUUCCCAGGAGCUUCCUUGCCUUUUAACAAGGAGACUGGGUUCAAUUAUACAGAUUCAUCAUUCGUUCCCUUGACUGUUGGUCCCCCUGGUAUACAAGGCGAGAAAGGAGAAAGGGGGCUCAAAGGUGAAAAAGGUGAUCCUGGACCACAAGGAAAAGAGAUUGAUAUCAAGGAUUUGGAAAGGCUUUUUGACAUUUAUGGAAUAAAGCUGUCUCUUUUGAAGAAAUUAAUUGAUAGACUCCUUCAAAGUGGCAUGGAGGAGGUUCUCCAGCAGGUCUCAAGCUCCAAGAAAGACAAGACCACAAAGAAAAUCCAGGAUUUAAAACAGGUACAGGGCUCAUCUCUGAAGUAUGACAUAUCUAGCCGGUCUCUGUCAAAAAUAGAAGGAAUGAUAGAAGAACCUGACUCAGAUUCAGCAGGUCCUAGUCAUCUGGACCCAGAUCAUUUAUCACAAAAUGGAAGCCUUUCAACCCCUACAUUAAGGAUGAAGGAAAAGCAAAAGGCAAGGAGACAUAAAAGCAAGCAGACAUCAAUGGCAGAUGGUCCCAGUCCAGAUGAUUUCAAUAUUACCAAUACACAUCUUGCAUCAAAGGUGAAACAAAAUCUCUCAGAAAAUUCAGGGGAGCCUUUAGUCAGGGUGCGAAGAAUGGAUUCAUGGCAGGAGGAACAAAUCCGUCUACCGGGUGCUGCAGGAAUGAGAGAAGUAAAGAGGAGACUGAUGGAUUCUCGUAGCAGAAAGUUGAAAACAGAGAAGCAGAAUAAAUCAGUGAAAGUUGCUGCUCCUACACUGGAAUUAUCACCGCAAAAAGGUCAAAAGGGUGAAAAAGGUGAACCAGGGCAUAAGGGUGAUGCAGGAGAAAUUGGUGAGAAAGGUCAAAAGGGAGAGCCUGGCAUUGGUUUCAGAGGUCCAAUUGGUCAAUCAGGAUCUCCUGGAAAAAAGGGAGAACCUGGGAUACAAGGCCCUCCAGGGGCUCAGGGUAUUCAAGGCAUCCCAGGUAAUACAGGUAUACCAGGAAUCCAAGGUGCAAGAGGUCCUCCAGGAGUGCCAGGACUCCCAGGAGCUAAAGGUGCUCGAGGUAGAAGAGGCAAGAAUGGUUCACCUGGUCCACCUGGAGUUAUGGGGCCACCUGGCAGGCAGGGUCUUCCAGGGAAAGCUGGCAUUAAAGGUUACAAGGGUGACGUUGGACUGGGGGCCCGAGGACCGCGAGGGAGCCAAGGCAUUCCUGGUCGUAGGGGAGUUAAUGGUGCUCCUGGAUCAGUUGGAGGCCCAGGUCUCAUGGGUCUGAAAGGAUUACCUGGUCUGAAAGGAGAAAAGGGAGAUAAUGGGUUACCAGGAAAUAAAGGUGAUAAGGGUGACCCACAAGUCAUUUCUGGACCCCAGGGAUACAAAGGCGACAAGGGGGAACCAGGUGAUAGAGGUCCACCAGGGUUUGAUGGUGACAAAGGAGAGAAAGGAGAAGAUGGACCUCCAGGGCUUAAGGGUCACAAAGGAGAACCAGGUUCCAAAGGAUCAAUGGGGUUAUUUGGGGCUAGAGGUCCUGCAGGACAGAAGGGUGAACCCGGUGAACAUGGCAACAAUGGAAUUGCAGGCAGAACUGGGCUUGAUGGUAAAAGUGGAGCUAAGGGAAUGAAAGGAGACAGAGGCUUGCAAGGAUGGAAAGGUGAACUGGGGGAUAAAGGUGACAAAGGCUUAAAAGGAGACAAGGGCCGUAGUGGUGAGAAGGGGGAUAAAGGUGACAAAGGCUUUAAAGGAGACAACGGUCCGAGAGGUGAGAAGGGAUCACGAGGUCUUCCAGGACAAAGAGGACAGCCAGGGAUUGGAGCUGAAAGGGGUGACAAGGGUGAACCUGGGCGGCCAGGAGAGUUGGGAUUGAACGGUCUUCUGGGACAAAGGGGAGUGCGUGGACUUCCAGGCCUUCCAGGGUCCAAAGGCAUUCCAGGAGAAAAAGGACAAAAGGGUUCUAAGGGUGUACCUGGACUCACUGGUUUUAAAGGGGCCACUGGUUUACCUGGAAAACCUGGAUCCCUUGGACCACAAGGGCCUCAAGGACCUAAAGGUGAACCUGCAGCAAAGGGUGAAACAGGAAAGAGGGGGAGAACACGUCGUGGAAUGAGAGGACCUCCAGGGAUUUCUGGGCUAAAAGGAGAUCAGAAGGGAGAAGUUGGACCAGCUGGUCUGAAGGGUGAGAAAGGAGAGCCUGGACUUUCAGAAGAAGAAGUGAAAGACAUUGUCAGAAAAGAGAUGAAUGACAAAUGUGGAAGAGAUUUCCAUCUGAUUAUUAGAACAGAUAAUUCUGAUGAAGACUGGGGUAAAGGUGAUGAAAGGCAGAAGGGUGCAUUUGACAGAAAAGACUAUGAAGAUGACAGUGAAGAAAUUGAAUUUGAAGAUGAAGUUAGCUUUGCAAAUUUUACACAACUUGAGCAACAUAUGCCAAACACAACAGAUAUGUGGAAUAAUAAAGAUUUAAUGGGCACAUCUUUUAAGAAGAAGUUGCUUCUGGAGAAUCCAUUACCAGUUCCUUGUAGCCAACCAAUGGAUGAAGGUUCCUGUUCACACUAUGAGCUGCUAUGGUAUUAUUCUCCCGAAAGCAAUGAAUGCAGACCAUUUGUGUACAGUGGCUGUGGAGGAAACAGCAAUCGUUUCCCUUCAAAGCAAGGAUGUAUAGAUAGAUGUGUGGAAGGAAAGAAGGAUUGACACCAGGAAGAUAAAUAAUGACAUUCUUCUUAAUGCACCAUGAGCCAAUAAAUAAUUGAUGCUCAUUGAAUGUGCCCCUGCAUUCAUUAAGACAUGGAAUGACAACUUGAAUGAGUUUGGAAGGAAUUAUUUUUACUCAGACUGACAGGUCCCACUAUACAAAGGCCAACAGCUGGGCAAGUACUAAUUGUAAAGACGUCAAUUUAUAAGAGGUUCAGAGAAGUUACUGUGUGAUAUUGACUACCAUUCACCAAUGAUCCACAUAUUUGACAUAUAUCCUGCUUAGAUGUCUCAAAAAUUAAUUAAUUUUGAUAUUUUCUUAAAGUUGAAGAAAACCUAGCAUUUUUCAUUUGCUAUUCAUGAUGAUGUGUGGCUAGUUUUAUUUUCUUCCUAUAUUUUGUUUUGAUAAAGCAAGCAAAAUAAAAGUUGUCAAAAUAUGGGCAAACAUUAAACAAGUAAUAUUGAGAUAUAAAGAUGGUUAACUGAUAAGAAUUCCAAAAAUUUUAUUUUAACAAAUGAAAAAUUGUAAACUGGUUUUCACAACAAUAUCAUACCAACAUAUAUUCUCAUCAUGGCAUUUGAAGGGACAUUUCUUGUUUGUGUAGUAACAUAAUGCUUCACGCUUAAGGUGGACUGAGCUUCACUUGAGCAACAAAGGGGUUUUUAUUUGCCACCUUAAUAGAGCAAAGAAGCAAACAGAAAAUAAGAAUUACAUUUGACCAAAUUUGUUGGUUGUAACAGAUUUUAUUACUGAUGUAAAUCUGCCAGAGUAGCAAAUUUAUUUACUCUGCUUAUCUUUACCCAUGUUGCUAUACUGCUAUGUUACCUCAACCCAUUCUCUUCGGAUUUCUACAUCGCUGUGCACCUGAAUCCCAUCCCCAGGCUUACAAUUAGCCAGGGUACUGGCCCAGUUCUUGAAGAGUGGAAGCCGUCCUAGUGGAAUAGCUCUCUCUUCCUUAAGUACUGAUGACCUGAGAAUCAAAACCCACUCUUCUCAUACCACUCUUAGGGCUCUAAAUUUGAUUCCCUAAUCUGCUUAAUCCAAUACUAAUUGAUGUUUUAUGUUCUUUCAUGUUCUGCAUUUUAAUUUGGAUCCUAAGGACUUGAAGAUGGAGGAUUAUGAGAAUGAGGAUUAAGUACAACAAGGGUCGGCAUGGUGGCUCAGCGGUUAACACUGCUGCCUCACACACCAGGAACCUGAUUCGAUUCCACCCUUUAGUGACUGUCUAUGUGGAAUUUGUACAUUCACCCUGUGUUUGCUAGGGUUUCUUCUGGGUGCUCCGGUUUCCUCCCAUAGACCAAAGAUGUGCAGGCUAGGUGGAUUGGCCAUGCUAAAUUGCCCAUAGUGUUCAGGGAUGUGUAGAUUAGAAGGAUGGGUCAGGGUGGGAUGCUUUGAGGGUUGUUGGGCUGAAGGGCCUGUUUUCACACUGUAUGGAUUCCAUGAUCUUUGAAUACCACGAUUUUCAGUGGUUUCAGUCCAGUCCCUGGCUACAUCCCGAGAUGGCAAUAUUAUCAAACACAUCAGAGAAUGGACAAACAACCAUGCCUGUUCCCUGCCAGCUAACCCCUACCAUCUCUGAUUAUAUGGCAAUUUGUCUUCAAGAAGUGCGUAGGUCAGUAUGAAAUAAUCUGUUUGGAUGAAGUGGCUGUCAUGAUUGUACAGCUGGCAGUCCAUGCAAACUCUGAAUUGGGGAUGACAAACUUGCAUCAGGUCUAUGUGCGUGGGAAUGAAGCAAAUCUAAAAAUGUUAUGCAUCAGUCAGGAUUUCAAGACAUUGCUGGUGGAUGAGUGACGGAGAAUGGUGCACUGAAUUAAUAAUGUGGCAUAUGAUAUUUGCAUAUACAUUCAUGCCUGAUCUUAUGUGUCAGGGCAUCAAAUGUUUGGGGAUCGCUGCAUCUGAUUUUUGAGGAUUGACUUUUGCCAUUGACCACCAUAGUUAUCUCAUCACACUGCCCUGCUAGAGUUUGCCUACAUGAUAUCCUGUGGAUGGAUCACAGUUCUCUUCUUCUUCAUUUUGUCCAGCAAUAUAUCAAUGCAGCACCAGAAAAAUCUUUAACCAUGCUCUAUCUCCUGUUGUGCUCUAAAUCAUUUUCUUUUCCUGCUCAGACAUUCUUCUACUUCUUCCAUCCAGUAUAGAUCACUCCUUCAGGUGGAACAGGUUGGCUUUAAGUAAUACAAACUAGGCUUUGUGUUGUAGCCGUUCACAAAUUUGCCUUCCUCGUGGGCCAUGCACUGAUUCAAUACAACAUUUAGUGCUGGCUACACACAGAAGUUGUGGAAAUUAUCAGGCAGCAAAGAGUUAGGUCAGUUGAUCUUGCAAUGUGAUCCCUGGAUUGAUCUUCAGAAAUGUACAAAAUUUGUUUUGUUUUAUUCACAAAGACCUGUGGGGGAAGAGUACCAAAGUGGUACAAAUUGGAAAGGUCUUUCAAGGAGCUGGUAGUGGUUCAAUGACUAAAUGGCCUUCUUCUGUAUUGUGUAAUUCUUUGAUCACAGUCCUACUUUCAAGCGAUUCUGUGGGAAAAGAUUUAUUUAUGAAUAAAGAACUCUACUGCAAGGUAUGCUUUUCCUACUUUGGUUCUUAAUAAAUAUGGCGUAUAUCAUUAAACUGUAAUAUGCAGUAAGAUGAAAUGUAAUUAUCAAAGUAAUAUCAUUUGUAUGGCACAAUAAGUUACAGGAUAAAUCACCUGAUAUGGCAUCAUGGUUGGAUGUGUGACACAAGUCCUGUAUUUGGUCUUCAGCUGAAAAAUGCUCACCUCAGCAACAUAAAAGAGAUCUGAUUGUGCCUGCAAAACUGUAUCCUAGCUAUACACAAAACUGUCAAUAUAAGUGAGAACCUGGAGAAAAAAUACUCCGAACAUUACAGACUCCAAAAUGUAUUUUCAAAAGGAAGUAGAACAUCUAAUUAAUAUUCAUAGAUCAUUACAGAACAUAAUCAUUGCAGCCAUCUGCAAGCUACGCACAUCAAAAUACUUUUCUCAUUCAUGCUUUCUGUACAUUGUUGCUGUAACCAUUGUGCAAUAAAUUUUGUGAGAAGAAUCACUCAGUUUGGGCUUGCUGCAGUGCAUCACCGAAGCUCAGCACAAGCUAAAAGAAUAGCAUCUCAUUUUCCACAUGGGCACACUGCAGGCUUCGGGACUCAAUAUCAACCAGUAAAAAUUGGAUCCAUUGGAAAUAGAGGGGUCACUUCUGCAUUCCGGCCUUUGCCACCUCUUUUAAAGUUGUAUAACAUUUUCCUAAUUCAGUGAAAGUCUACUCUUGGUUAUCUUUGCUUAAUUUAGUUGCAAGGAUCCAUUUUCUAGUAACCUACAAUAAUAAACUCCAAAAGAUCACGACUAAGAGUAAAGUUCAGGCUAGAGUGCCAUCCAAUUUUCUCUCUCUGCCAUUGAACAUUAUAAUGGAAAACGAGGGUAACUUGAGUUAAAUCCUGCAUACUAUAUAUUUUCCAUAAUUAUAACCCAUAUAUUUUAAGAUUCAGCAUCUUCAUG